AUGACAAGCUUGACCUUAUUAGCGGCCAAAUACCUUAUAAAAAGAGCUCUAGAUAUUGAUGAUCCUGACGCGGAUGCUGAUAUACCUGAUGUAUCUACUCCUGAUGAUGAUAUAGAAGAUAAUCCAGUGGCAGAUGAAAUUUUUUCGUCAUGGGCCUUAUUUAUUUUAUUAACAUUGUUGUGUUGUGCCUUAUGGUCUUCUUAUUUCUUACAACAACGAAGAAUCAAAGCUGUUCAUGAAACCGUGUUAUCAAUCUUUUAUGGUAUGAGUGUUGGAUUAAUUAUUAGAAUAAGUCCAGGUCAUUAUAUUCAAGAUGCAGUUAAAUUCAAUUCCGGUUAUUUCUUCAAUAUCUUAUUACCUCCAAUCAUUCUUAAUAGUGGUUAUGAAUUACAUCAAGCUAAUUUCUUUAGAAAUUUAGGUUCAAUUUUAACUUUUGCUAUUCCAGGUACUUUCUUAUCAGCUUUAGUGUUAGGUACAAUCUUAUAUAUAUGGACUGCCUUAGGAUUGGAUGGUAUAAGUCUUGAAUUCGUUGAUGCAUUGGCCGUUGGUGCAACCUUAUCAGCCACUGAUCCUGUUACUAUUUUAUCUAUCUUUAAUGCUUAUAAAGUUGAUCCAAAAUUAUAUACCAUUAUCUUUGGUGAAUCAUUAUUAAAUGAUGCUAUUUCUAUUGUUAUGUUUGAAACUUGUCAAAAGUUCCAUGGCCAUCCUGUUCACUUUUCUUCAUUCUUUGAAGGUAUUGGAUUAUUCUUGAUGAGUUUUACCAUUUCAACCAUUAUUGGUAUUUUAAUCGGUAUUUUCGUCGCUUUAAUCUUAAAACAUUCUCAUAUUAGAAGAUAUCCUCAAAUUGAAACUUGUUUGGUAUUAUUAUUUGCUUAUGAAUCAUAUUUCUUUUCUAAUGGGGCUCAUAUGUCAGGUAUUGUCUCACUUUUAUUCUGUGGUAUAACUUUAAAACAUUAUGCUUACUAUAAUAUGUCAAGAAGAACUCAAAUUGCUACUAAAUAUAUCUUUCAAUUAUUAGCUCAAUUAUCAGAAAAUUUCAUUUUUAUUUAUUUAGGUUUAUCAUUAUUCACUGAAGUUGAAUUAGUAUUUAAACCUUUAUUGAUUAUCAUCACCUUUAUUUCAAUUUGUAUUGCAAGAUGGUCUGCUGUAUUCCCAUUAUCAAACUUAUUAAAUUUCCUUUAUCGUGCAAGAUUAGAAAAGUUCAAUACUAGAUUAAAUGGAUCUAAUGGCUUAAUGAGUACUCAAUUACCUCCUGAUGAAAUUAGUCAUAGUUAUCAAAUGAUGAUCUUUUGGGCUGGAUUAAGAGGAGCUGUUGGUGUUGCCUUAGCUAUGGGUAUUCAGGGUGAAGCAAAAUGGACUUUAUUGGCUACUGUAUUAGUAGUUGUGGUAUUGACUGUUAUUUUAUUUGGUGGUACUACUGCUUCCAUGUUAGAAAUUUUAGGUAUUAAGAUUGGAGUUGAAGAUGCAAGUGAAUUCUCUGAUGAUGAAUUUGAAAUUGAAGCUCCAAGAUUGCCACUUUCAGGUUCUAAUUUUUCAAAUUCAAACUUACCUACUACUAUUGGUAGUAAUCCAAACAUUUUAGGAAGUAGAAGAUAUCCAUAUAAUAUUAAUCCAAAAUCACCAAAGAUUUCUCAACAUUCAAAAUAUAAAGAUAAUGGUGUAUCCAGUAAUGCUAACUUAUUAGAUGACAAUGAAGGUAGUGUUAACAAUAGUAAUAUCAAUAUCAAUAGUAGUAACUUCAGUAACACGGAUAAUACUGACGAUGAUGAGGAAUUUAAUACUGAUGAUGUUGAUGAUUUGUUAAGUGCAUCUACUGGAGGUAGUAAUAACAAGAAUCAAGGUAUUAAUUCCUUACUUGAUGGUCCUAAGUCAAGUGGUGGUGUAUUAGGAGCCUUCUUAAGUGCUGAAGAACAUGCUAAAUGGUUUACAAAAUUCGAUGAACAAGUGUUAAAACCAGUAUUAUUGGAUAAUUUACCAAGUGCCAGUAAUUCAGACAAUAAUAACAACAAUAGCAAUAGCAGUAACAGCAAUAAUGAUAACAACAAUAGUGAUCUUGUAUGA